AAAUUAUCAAAUGAAACGAAAAAAAAUUCGUCAGGCAAUUUAUUUUGUCAAUUUUUCGCCAUUGAACACAUUUGAAUUUAUAUAUACUUGAAUAGACGGAGGUAUUUGCGACAAUGAUUGACAUUUGACUGCAACAGAAAAACUUUGUUCAAAGAGUCAAGUCAUCCCACAACUAACGUAACCGCCGUUCGUUACACAGGUUAAUCGACAGUCGACUGGUUUGGCAAUAGAACAUUUUCUUUUUUUUAUUUUCAAAGAUAACUGAAAAGAAACAUGUCUGAUAUUAUGAACAACCGUUGGUCCAAAAUUGUGUUGAAUGACACCAAAGAAUUGGUGAAAAAAAAUAAAAACAACUCCAAAAAGUACAGUCGUCGACUAUUUUCAAAGUUGAAAACUACACCAAAACCGAAGUUGUACCAAAAAUAUUCAAGUAAACCGAAACGGCAUUCAAUUGGUCGUAAUGAUACAGCGAAAAAAUCGAAAUUGAAUUUCGGUGCACAAUGGAAGACGGAAUAUGACGUUUGGAAUAUGAUUAUGCAGGCACUUGAGCGAAAUUUGCCAGAUAAGGUUAAUUGGGUGAGCAAAGAGAUUGGAAUUCGCGACGCAAGUGAUAAAAUUCAAUUGAUACAACAUCGGGAUGAAUUGAAUCAGCAAAUUCUUGUGUGUCCAAAUGGGAUGAAAACUCAACUCAAGGAUUUAAUGAGUCAAGAUGAUAGUAUUUCGUUAAAUAUCAAAUUUCAAUUGGUUCCUGUUGUUGAAAAAAUCACAAUAGUAAACAAUUCCAACGAAAAAUCGUACAUGUUUGCGGACGAUGCCAAAGAUAUCAACAAUAAUGUUGAAGAACCAACAUUGGCCAUCAAUUAUAGCACUCUUUUCGGUAGCAUUACUGACAAUACUUUUGAUACCAUCGGAUCCGUGGGCUCGUUUGAUACCAUAUAUACCGAUAGCGAAAAGACCAUAACAAAUUCAACGUGUUCAACAUGGGAAUACUCGGAGUUUUGUGAUGAUCUAAUGCCCGAAGCAUCGAGCACAUUCAUUGCAGACGAAAUUGAAAAUAUUCAAUUCAUAUCGAAUGAUAAGGAGAAUAUUCCAAUCGUAUCUGCACUAACGCAAACAAUGUCUAUGAUUUCGAGAACAUUCAUUGACAGCCCAGUGCCGUACUUUGCAAAAGAUCAAAAUGCCAAAAAUAGGCUUCUUCAAUGCGAAAACAACUUCGAAAUGGAUGAAAUUGAUCUCAUUAAAACAUUAAAAUACUGUAAAAAUAUGCGAGCCAUGGUUCAUGAACUAAACAACAACAUCGAUUUGAUUGAGACCAAAUGCAACAAUUUAUUGAGACAACAGGCUCGUCUUGAUGGUACGAUGUCUGGUAUUAAUUUUCUAUCCUACAAUGAUUCCAUUUAAUUGUAAAAUAAUUAUAAGCAAAUGUUAAAUGAUUUUCGUCAUGUGUUCAAAUGAAACGACAAACACAAUCAAAAUACUAAUUUAUAUCAAAAAUACUAUAGUUAACACAAUUAUUACAUAUUAUGUAUGUUCAAAUGUUCAUCAAGUGAAAUCGUAUUAGUAUUUUAAAAUGUGCCCAAAUUGUAAUUUAUAACAAUGAAUAAUAAAUAAUAAAUUAUUUUUUGCAUUUGAA